UUGAUUCAAGUAAUUUGCAAUGCGAUAAUCGCUUGACUGAAUCUUAUUAAACAGCCAACACGAGUAUUACCAUUUUUGCGGGUCGGAGUUGCUGUUCAUCAACGCUCAAAGCAGCAGCUUUCUAAGUGAUAUAAUGGCAUUUCAAAUAUAGUGGUGCAACAAUACAGAGGAAUUUCUGCAAUUAUAUUAAAAGGUACAACAUUGUUAAUAAAUUGUAUUGUACUACAUAUAUUUCAUAAACUGUUAUAAGCGCUUAAGCAGUUUUCUAAGUGAUAUAAUGGCAUUUUAAAUAUAGUGGUGGAACGAUACAGAGGAAUUUCUGCAAUUAUAUUAAAAGGUACAAUAACAUUAUUAAUACAUUCUAUUGUACUACAUAUAUUUCAUAAGCUGUUAUAAGCGCUUAAAGAAACUGCUUUCUAAGUGAUAUAAUGGCAUUUCAAAUAUAGUGGUGGAACGAUACAGAGGAAUUUCUGCAAUUAUAUUAAAAGGGAUUCGACACCGGUCCUGAGAAGACGUCAGGAGGAAAAUGGCAGGCAGCUACACGAAAAAGGAAUUCGGCCUGGGCCCUGAAGAGCAGACGCUCCUUAAGGGGUCCAACGGGACGCGCAUCGUGGCCAAAGGUUGUGCGUCCUAUAGUACUUUUAAUGUGCCGCUUUCAAUUGGAACGGAACCAGUGAGGCUAUCCCCGGGAUGGGAAGGAACGGGAAGGCCUGACGACGAAUUAAAUUUUAAAGGCGUUACGAUGGAUCAGGCGGACCUUGAAAUCAAUCCACCGAAGGACAGAUUGAACCUGGUGUUUUUUGUACUGCUGUUACAUGGUAUCGGUGCCUUGAUGCCCUGGAAUAUGUUUAUAACAGCGAAGGAUUAUUUUGUCAACUAUAAACUCUCGAAGAUGUAUACUGGCGUCGAGUCACACUACGUAACGAAUUUUUUAGCCGACGUAGGAUUCGCUGCGCAGAUACCGAAUUUACUGUUCAACUGGCUGAACGUAUUCAUCCAAUUGGGAGGUAACUUAACCACUCGUAUAGUAUGGGGGAUUCUUGUACAAGUUCUUGUGUUCGUCUUUACGGUUGUGCUGGCAAUGACUGAUAGCUCCGGUUGGCCCGAUGCAUUCUUCUGGAUCACUAUAAUCUCCGUUGUUAUACUGAACACUUCUAAUGGUAUUUAUCAAAACUCGGUUUUCGGAAUGGCUGCAAAGUUGCCUAGCAAGUACACUGGUGCCGUUGUCCUGGGUUCGAAUAUUAGUGGAACGUUCACAGCUAUAAUAAGCUUCCUCGCCCAAGUAAUGGCUCCAAACGUCCGGACUGCAGCUAUAUAUUAUUUCAUAACUGCACUCUUUGUGCUGCUAGCAUGCUUUGAUACUUACUUUGCUCUUCCUAUAAAUAGAUUCUAUCGGUAUCAUGAGUUGCUCUAUCAAAAGGAGAACAGGAAAAGGGAACUUGAGAGCAAUUCAAGAGGGAAGAGUGAAACGCCGCCAUACUGGAAGAUAUUCAAGCAGUGUUUCCCUCAGCUGGUCAAUAUAUUUUUCAUCUUUUUCGUCACUUUAGCGCUCUUCCCUUCCGUUCAUUCCGACGUAGGAAUAUCCGAUCCAAACUUCAUUGUUCCUAAACAAUAUUACGUUAGCGUAAUGUGCUUCUUGACAUUCAACAUUACGGCUAUGCUUGGAAGUAGUAUUGCAUCGAUGGUGCAAUGGCCUAGCAAGAAAUACUUGGUGAUUCCAGUAAUGCUGCGAUUACUUUACCUACCGUUAUUCCUGUUUUGCAACUACCAUCCAGAAAACGUGAAGAGAAUACUGCCGGUUUACAUCCAAAACGAUUGGGCUUAUCUUUUAAUUGCUGUGACAAUGGGGUUGAGCAGCGGCUAUUUCUCGUCCGUGGCUAUGAUGUAUUGUCCUAGAAUGGUGGAACCAAAGUAUGCUGCGACAGCUGGUAUGUUUGGAGCAGCGUGUCUGAUCAGUGGCAUCUUCUCUGGGAUCUUAUUUUCUAGGCUUAUGCCGAAAAUAGUUGCCACUAUAUCGUUCGAGUGAAGCCGCGCUAGCAUUUUAAGGUCUGAUAUAGGUCCGUCAAGUGGAUCGAAUAGUUUCCAUCUAUUGAGAAUCGUUGGUACACCGAUACGUUAUUGCAGUUUUAUAUAAUAAUGACGAUUUUGAGAAGCAGAGACGUCGCGACAGCGUAAUGUCGCGACCUUGCUGGAUUUUCUCGUGCUCUUCUGGGGAUCUUAAGGUGAUAUCAAAGUGUCAUAUGCGUACCAAAAAGUCAAAAUAUGUAUAAAACUUUUCUCCAAAUUGGGUGCAAUCAUUUGCAAUCAUCGCGAGAUCACGGAGGCCCUAAGGAAGAGAGCGAGGGUCAUGAAAUUCCAUGUUUCGACAAAAAAUUUCUAUUUAUCUCGGACAAGAACUAAAAACAGACAUUUCUCUUUGUCUUUUUUUCUUUUUAUCGAAAAAUGAAAUUUCAAGAGCAUCGCGUUCUUCCUUAGGACCUCCGUAAUCACGUGUUAACGUUUCAAAUGAUACGGUGCACCCAUUUUGGAGAAAAGUGUUAUAAAUAUCUUGACGCUUUGAUUUACAGAAUGGCCCUUUCAUAUCACCUUAACGAUGCACUAGAAAAAAGAGAAGAAGCACGUCCAAUUGGUGGACGCCAAGUUGCUAAAAGGAAACUAAAAAAGGGAAAAGGAGACGCGCCGAAAAUUCUCCGGACUAUAAAAGACGGUUCGACGUCGACUGAAUGAGUUCUUCUGCAAUUGGCAGUGUUCCAGCUAUUGGGUUGGCAACCAAAUGAUUGGGGAUUUUGUCGGUAGAUGGCGUUAAAAAAUCUGCAGUCACUUAGUUACCGACCCAAUAUAUUGCGGAAAGUCGGACCAAUUCACCUUAAGGAGCUAGUCUAACGCAUUCACGGCGAUCUUCUGCAGGGUAUUACAAAAGAGAGAAUGGUCAUGUCCGCUUAUUCGCGUGACACUCGAGAACAUAUACUGUUUCUAGAAUCUCGAAACUGAAAUCAAAUAAGCCAACUGUCUCGCGUAAGAGCAAACGCUGCGUUAUGCAAACGAGUGAUAAGGGAUUGAUCAUAUUGGCUGUGGUCCUAACUCGUAUCUCACUUUUAGCGUCAAAAGAUAUAUUUUAGAGCACUGUUAAAAGCGACCCUACUCAUGUGUCGCUUUUAAACCACUUUUGUAGAGAAUCCUUAAAAGAAACUAUGAAAAACGUAUUUUAGCGGCAGCACCUACUGAUACCCUGUUUUAAGCUUCUCUUUGAGCGCUUUUAGGAUAAAAACGAGCGACGAUUCCAUAAAAUUUGGUAGGAGGCACUUUUAUAUCGCUUUUAGCUGUCAAAGUCACGUGUUAAAUUUUGAUAGCUUUUUAUUGUCAAAAUCGUACGUAAAAAAUGGAAUGCACUUUUCACAAAGCAGAAGCUCUCGCGAAGUAAAUACAGGGCAUCAAAUAAAUACCAGGGACUUUUUAAUUCGAAUUUAUGUCGUUCUUGGCUAACCAAGAUAUUGGGCUUUAUUCUGUCAAACUCUCAACAGACUUUUAUGACUUUAUUCUGUCAAGUUCUCAACAGACUCUGGAACUUUUGGCAUACGAAAAAUGCAUGCGCUUAACGCAGUCGUCAGAUUUUUCCGACGUUGUUAAAUUACAUUUCCUAAAAGCGGCCAUAAAAGAAGGUAUGAGUAUGGCGUCUUUCAGCAGCGGUCCGUUCUUUAACUAAAAGACGUUUAAAAGCGUUGCUAAAAGUGAGAUACGAGUAAGGGCCUUAGCUUUUAUCGAAAUAGAAAUGGUUUACUCACGUCUCGCACCGCAUUGAAAUUGUAGGUUUGUAACUAAUUUUUCAUACGAGCCAUUUUAGGUUUUGUCAGCUUGUAGUUAUAGAUUAUUUAACUACGAGUAAUCAGAAAAAGAGAAAAACAUAUUUGUCGAAGGAAAUGAGAUUUUCGCUCGUAUGAGAUUUUAGUACUGUUGACGGUUUUAUUUUUUAUCAUAACUAAAAAUGUUCCUAGGAAGAGAACCUUGUCGAGUUAUAUGAUGCGAAAAGUGAAGUGAAUUUAAUCAUGUUAAUUACUAUUAGUGUUACGAGUCGAACAUAUUCGACUGGUUAAAUCAGAUUUGAAUUAUUGUAUUAAGUGCGGUUCUUUACAUUCUUACUUUUUAUACUGAAAUUUGCUCCUGUUUGUACGUCACCGACCUUCGGUUAACCUUGAAGUUGGCCUUACACGUAGAUGGGUACUGCCAGGAUAAAAACAGGAAGAAAUUAGUGUUUCCCGUGUUUUUGGAGACCCUGGCAUGGUUUGAACAGUCCUUAUUAAUGCUAAUCUAUGUACAGUGACAGUAAAAUACAAUUUAUUUAUGAACUAAAA